AUGACGCAAAUAUGGCUUUGGCAGCCAUCCAAUCACCCACCCGAGGGCCCCAUUCGAGAAGAUCAAUACAAAUGUGCAUGUGGGCUAACGGCAAAGUUCGGUUUCACUGUGUUCACCAUCUUCGAUAUUGUCCUUUUGGUCUUCUCGAUCAUCGGCCUAUUCAUUGUUCCGUUUCUUUUGGCUUUUCAAUUCCCCCUUGCCAUCGGGAUGAUCGUUCUGGCUGUGAUGUCGAUUAAAACUCUUCGGCCAUUCUUCAUGCAAAUCUACGGAAUCAUCUAUAUAAUCGAGAUGUUUGCUGUUUGUCAAAGUGCAAACUUCCGAGGAAAGGACAAACAAAAUAUCACCGUGAUCACCUCGUUUGUGGUCGCCAUUCUCUCUGUUCUCACCGCUAUUUUGGCUCUUUGGCGGUGCAAAGUGAGCUGGGAGUUUUACAAAUAUGUUAGAGACCGCCAGCUGGCCAUUGAAAAGCAACCAAGCAACAUUGGAUUCAAUCAAGUGGCU